UAUAGAAGCAACAUGUCAGCGCCCUGAACACAUGUGUAAAUAAAAAUGGAGAGUCGAAUAACCUUACCCAAGGGUUAACAAAAUCAAAACGUUUUGAAAGUAUCCACUUGUACAGUGGAAACGGAUUUCAGAAAUGACCUUACGGCUAUCCGAGACGUUUGUACGCAGAUCUCUGUUAUUUUCAACGAUCCGCAAACUGACAGCAGCUCCAAAACAAUCGCCACUGUAUCUGCGAGUAUCAGGUUGCUCAGUUUUUCGUCCACAGACCGUAAGGAAAUGUCUCUUUCACUGUACUCCGGCCAGUUUGGUGUCUUCAGAUGCUUUUUUGGACAGAUUGCAGAAGGGGAGACCGGUUGUGUCCUCUCAUGAGGGUCUCUAUCACCCUAUCUCUGUUUCAUCAGACAGCGGUCAUCAAUUUUCCUUAUUGCUAAAGGAACCUGAUCAACCUGAAAAUGCCAAAUCUCUUAAAGUAGCAAUAGUGGGCUCACCGAAUGCAGGGAAGUCCACACUGACCAAUCAGUUGCUGGGUCGGAAGUUGUUUGCGGUUUCUGAAAAAGUGCACACAACAAGAGCACGUGCUGUUGGCGUCCUGACAAAGGAUGACACACAAAUCAUUCUGUUGGAUACCCCUGGCCUCACCACACCAAUAAAGGCUAAAAGACACCACCUGGAGAAAUCACUCCUAGUGGAUCCUUUUGAGUCACUACGAGAAGCUGAUCUAGUGGUGGUGUUAGUUGACAUGUCUGAUAAAUGGACCCGCAGUAAGCUGGACUAUGAGGUUCUGAAAUGUCUGGCCCUGAACUCUGAUGUCCCUGCCAUCCUUGUCCUCAAUAAGGUGGACCUUCUGAAGAACAAAACGCUGCUGCUAGACAUCACGGCACAGCUGACUGAGGGGGUGGUGAAUGGAAAGAAGAUUAAGAUCCGUGGCGCAGUGAAACAAUCUAUGAAAUUAGCAGCUGAACCACACAACACCGAAAAAACUCUUUCUGAGAGCACGCAGGACGGGGUGUCUCAGGAGGGUCGGGACAAAGGCAGACUCAGCCAAGUGACGCUAAAGGCCCUGAAGAGCCGCAGCGGGUGGCCACAUUUUAAGGACGUAUUCAUGUUAAAUUCUCUUGACAGAGAAGAUGUGGAAACAUUAAAGAGGUACCUGUUCGAAGGUGCAAAGCCUCGCAAGUGGCAGUACCACAGUGAAGUACUGACCGAUCAGGGUCCGGAGGAGGUGUGCAAUAACACCAUCAGAGAGAAACUAUUACAGCAUCUCCCUAAGGAGGUGCCGUACACUAUGUCACAGCAAAUUGAAAUCUGGAAGGAGUGUGAGGAUGGGGUACUUGAAAUAUGCAUCAAACUGUACGUGAAGAAAGACACUCAUAUGAAAAUGGUAAUUGGUCCUGGAGGUCAGUUGAUAACCAGAAUAACCCAGGAAGCUGAAAAUGACCUAAUGAAGAUUUUCUUGCGUAAUGUGCGUUUAAAAAUCUCUGCGAAGCUGCAGAAGUGAGGUUCACAGUUCAGAUGACGAAGGUCAGAGACUGAUGCAUACAGAGGGAUACGGAAACAAAAAGCGAUUUAAAAGUGAAGAAAUGGACUUGUACAGAAAAUCUGUGUGGUUGAUCUCAACAGACCCUUCAUUUCUCUAAACUGAAAUUCAAGUUGAUCAAAGCCACAUUACAUGGUUUACAUUACAUUACAGCAAAAUUGAACUAUCACAGCUUUUGAUUUAUAAAAAUGUCUUUAUAUUCAUAAAUGGCAAAAGUAUAGCUUUAAGGCUCAGGACAGGUUCACUUUCUCUCUUCACUUUAUUUCUGGAAGCAAGGGCUGACCUUGUUUUUUUUAUUCAUCAUUAUUCAUUGUCCUCAGUGUGGUCAGGCUGUUAUCCGGAGUCUUGCUGUUUAAUUGAAGGUCUUAUGUAAGACCAUUACACUGGCCUGAAAUCAGUCAUCUGCAGGCCUGACUUCAGCUCUAAAAUAUAAGGUGGGCCACAGGACUGUGAGAGGGGGCUGGACCGUCGGGGUGGGACGAGCCGGGACUGCUCAGCUGUGGCUGUACAUGCUACUGUACUUACUGCAGCAAAGUGGAACUCUUUUCAAUUAUUUAAACCUAUGUGAUAUUACAUUUUUCACCAGUUGAGUAAAUUCAUGCAUCCAUUUUAGUCAGUGUUAAAUGUUUUGAGUGAUAAAGAAUAGGCAAUAAAGUUCUCAUGUUGCUGGA